AUGGCCUUCAAGUUCUUCGCUGUUCUCGCCCUCGUUGCGGCCGUCAGUGCUGGAGUCCUUCCUGUCCAGCAGGUGUACCAUGCCGCCCCCGCUCCUGCUACUGUGGCUUAUGCCCACGCCCCCGUCGCCGUGGCCCAUGCCCAGCCCGUCCUGACCAAAGCCACCGAGGAGUACGAUCCUCAUCCCCAGUACAAGUACGCUUAUGAUGUCCAGGACUCUCUGUCCGGUGACUCCAAGAGCCAGGUCGAGGAGCGCGACGGUGAUGUGGUCCAUGGCGAGUACUCUCUGAUCGAUGCCGAUGGCUACAAGAGGGUGGUGCAGUACACCUCCGAUCCCGUCAAUGGAUUCAAUGCCGUCGUCAACCGCAUUCCCCUGGAGCAUGUGAAGACUGUGGUGAAGACCGUGGCUCCCGUGGCUGUGCCCGUUGCUGCUGCCCCACUGCCAGUGGCCUACCAUCAGCACCACUAA